ACUAAGCAUUGGAGUGAAAGAUUUUAAAAUGUCCCACAAAUCUUGCGUGGAACUGAGCGAAAUCCGAAAAUUGGAUAAAAUAGUGCAGCAAUGCGAGCUGUACAUGUCCAACAAUAAUAUUAACGAUACUGCUAAAAAGCCGCCUGUAAAGGAAUUUAAACGCAAUUGCCUUGCAAAAUCCAAUAAAUUUGUGGAGAGGGAACUCUUUUCGCUUAUGUGCAACCUAAAUAAGAUUGAAAAGAAGCAGGUUUUUGUUUCAGAUAUCCUGAUAAACGCCAGUAUGUUCGACGACAAGAAGGAGAGUCUGUCGAGAUUUCCGAAAAAUGUUCCAGACCAUAGCACUCUGGUCUAUCACAAAUUCCUGCGGACUAGACCUACUAGUGAUGACGAAACACUUGAGCUAAAAACCAGGUCAAGAGCUAAGGAGAAACAUGGCUCGAAGUUCACAGGAGAUUGCUUCUUUUCGCCUGUACUAUUCAAAAUCAACAAUAAAAGGGAAUGCUUAAAGAAAAUAAAAGUCAUCAAGGGAGAGAAUCAAUUCGAACAGAAUAAUAUCUCAAACGAACUUAAAACUAGCCAACCCAAAAAGCACUCUAGCAUCAAAAUGUCCAAAAAAUGCAUCAAAUGUGAUAAAAAGAAGUUAUACAUUAAAAACUAUCAGACAAUGGCUAGACGGCCAGAGUGUGAUUUGCUUUGCUCGUAUGACCCAGCGCGUAAAAAUAACAACGAUGUUUUCCAAACCCAUAAGGGUAAUUCCUACGAAUGCAUGUUUAAGAACCCAAAAUACAAUCAAACUGAUAAAACUAGCGACAAUUUGUUGGGUAGUUCAUACGACGAUAUGUUGGACAAAGAAGCUCUUCUCGGAUCGAAGAGUGAACCGAAGAUGCAAGAUCCCAACGAUAUGAUUAUUUCUCUGGGGGGAAACAUAAUGCUUGAUCAAAAGUUACAGAACAACUACUAUCACAAAUGGACUCUAUUACACUAUUCGCCGUUCAAAGCUGUUUGGGACUGGGUGAUAUUAAUCCUAGUGAUGUAUACGGCGAUUUUUACUCCAUAUGUGGCGGCGUUUUUGCUUGGCGAACAGGAUUACCAAAGAAGAAACAAUAAGUACAUAAACUCUGACCCAAUUGUUAUCAUCGAUUUGAUUGUGGAUGUAACCUUCAUUGUGGAUAUUAUAAUAAACUUUCGAACUACUUUUGUCAACGCACAGGAUGAAGUGGUAUCUCAUCCAGGACGAAUAGCAGUUCACUAUUUAAGCGGUUGGUUUUUAAUUGAUCUUGUGGCAGCAGUGCCAUUCGAUUUGCUUUUAGUUGGCAGUGAUACCGAUGAGACGACUACUUUAAUAGGACUUUUGAAAACAGCUCGGCUCUUAAGGUUGGUUCGUGUGGCCAGAAAAAUAGAUCGUUAUUCGGAGUAUGGAGCUGCAGUUCUUAUUUUAUUGAUGGCUACCUUUAUUUUGAUUGCCCAUUGGUUGGCUUGCAUAUGGUAUGCGAUUGGAAAUGCCGAAAAGUCUAUAGCGGCGAAAAACAUCGGUUGGCUCAAUUCGUUGGCCUAUGAUAUUCAAGAGCCCUAUUUCGACAACCGAACUGGUGGGCCCUCUAUAAAGUCACGCUAUAUCACAGCUUUAUAUUUUACAUUUACGUCGCUCACAUCCGUCGGCUUUGGAAAUGUGGCACCGAAUACCGAUGCUGAAAAAGCGUUUACUAUUUGCGUAAUGCUCGUUGGAUCUCUUAUGUAUGCAAGCAUUUUUGGAAAUGUUUCUGCGAUCAUACAAAGACUUUACUCGGGAACUGCAAGAUAUCAUACUCAAAUGUUACGCGUUCGGGAGUUCAUUCGAUUCCACCAGAUACCAAAUCCACUCAGGCAAAGACUGGAGGAAUAUUUUCAACAUGCUUGGACCUAUACGAACGGAAUCGAUAUGAAUUCCUUGCUUAAAGGUUUUCCCGAGUGCCUUCAAGCAGACAUUUGCCUGCAUUUGAACAGAAAGUUAUUGACAACUUGCGCAGCUUUUUCGGAGGCCAGUCCGGGGUGCCUAAGAGCUUUCUCCCUUAAAUUUAAAACUACCCAUGCGCCACCUGGUGAUAUCUUGGUCCAUAAAGGAGAUGUCCUCACCUCUUUGUUUUUUAUAGCUAGGGGAUCCAUAGAAAUUCAAAAAGCAGGCAAUAUGAUUAUCGUCCUGGGCAAGAACGAUAUAUUCGGCGAAAAUCCCUGCAUAUAUCCAACGCUUGGCAAAUCAAACGGAGUGGUUAGAGCUUUGACCUAUUGCGAUAUACAUAAGCUGCAUAGAGAUGACUUGCUGGACGUUCUGGACGCUUAUCCAGAGUUUCUCGAGAGCUUCGUCAACAACUUGGUUAUCACCUACAAUAUGAGAGAUGAUGACCAUUCUGGUGUCGAUAUUAGGCAACGCUACUUAAGAGCAAAUACCUCCAAUAAAAUGAGAAGCUCUCCUGAUAUACCCUCAAUAAGAAUUGUUGGGCUGCGUUAUAAAAAGCAAAAUGUUAACACUUCUGUGCAUAAAGUUAAGAAUGAUAACUCCCGUGACCUUAAUAUUUUUAUAGAAAACGAAAUCGCAAACUAUCAUUUAGAUUUGUUUGAAAAUAAUAACUAACCACAAUUAGCACAAUUUUAAUAAAAACAAUACAAUUGCUUUUGCAGAA